AAGUGACAUCACCACCGCAGUCGCCUCCCUCUGCCUCCCAGUCACAAACGGUCUUCAUGGCUGGAACAUAUGUAAGCCAAGAAUGAAGGCAAAAGGGUAAGCCAGUCUCUAUGUCAGACCAGGUUGAAGAAAAUGUGUUAAAGAAAGCUGAGUGGCUUGUCUUGUUAAGGCACUUGUAUGUGGAUGGACCCCAUGUUCCAGUACUGAAUUCAGGUCAUUCUAGUGUAGAGAGUGGCCUGCAGCCCCAUCAGGAUGAUGCACAAUUUUCAUCACAGGUGUCAGAUGAUGACUGCUGAUGCCAUCUUUCUGAUGUGUUCCUAUAACAUGCCAGAUGCAUUGGAGGUCAGGCAAUAGUGUCCCAGUUUUCCUCUGUCAGUUCUGGGUCUUCUGCUUCUUCAAUUCCCCCUGAGAUUCUCACUGCAGGUUUAUGACACUGGCCACCUGGUGAGAGGAAUCAGAAGUUGCGCUGAGACAAACGGCAGAAGAAAAUGCGUGCAGUGUCUUCAGAGGGAGGCUGAGAUGGAAUCUCCUGUGGGCGGAAGGAGGGCAGUGAUGUUUUCGAUGCACCGCCCCCUCGUGGGCCAGGUAGAUGCUGUCAUGCCAUUUGGAUGCUUUGCUCAACGGGAUGGGCGAAACUUCAACAGCCCAACCGACAUCACAGACAAGUAUGAGAUUGGACAGGUCCUAAGAGCCAAGGAGUUCUGUGAACUGUGCCUGGCCAAGGACAGACAGACGGACAAGGUCUAUGUCUGCAAAAAAUUCCUCAAGAAAGAUGGCAGGAAAGUGCGCAAGGCAGCCAAGAACGAAAUAAUGAUCCUGAAAAUGGUCAACCACCCGAAUAUUCUGCAAUUGAUUGACACUUUUGAGACCAGGAAGGAGUAUUACAUCAUCCAGGAGCUAGCUACAGGAGGAGAUGUGUUUGACUGGAUCCUGGACCAGGGCAGCUACACAGAGAGAGAUGCCUCCAAUGUGAUACGCCAGGUCCUGGAGGCUGUGGCCUACCUGCACUCCCUCAACAUUGUGCACCGGAACCUGAAGCUGGAGAACCUCAUGUACUAUACGGAGAACAACCACAAUAAAGUGGUGCUGCGAGACUUCUACCUGUCCAAGUUUGAGAAUGGCUCUAUCACCGAGCCCUGCGGCACACCUGAGUACCUGGCUCCAGAGGUUGUAGCUCGACAUAGGUAUGGCCGCCCGGUGGACUGCUGGGCUGUGGGCGUCAUCAUGUACAUCCUACUCUCUGGAAACCCCCCGUUCUAUGAUGAGACAGAGGAAGAGAACACUGACCUGCACAACCGCAUCAUAUUCUGUCGUAUCGUAGCAGGGGAGUUUGAGUUUGACUCCCCCUACUGGGAUGACAUCUCUCCUGCAGCAAAAGAGUUGGUCUGCAGGCUAAUGGAGGUGGAUCAGAUGCUGAGGAUCACAGCCCAGGAAGCACUUUGGCACGAAUGGAUUGCAGGCAAUGGUGCCUCAGAGAAGAAUCUGAAAGAUGGAGUGUGUGCCCAGUUUGAGAAAAACUUUGCAAAGGCCAAGUGGAGGGAGCUGAAGAAAGCGAUCCGCAUCACCACGUUCAUGCAGCGUCUCCGUGCCCCUGAAUCUGGGGGCGUGGUCGGGGGGGAGGGGAGCCCAGAGGUGAAGGAUAAAGGGGAUGGGGGGGAGGGCAGGGACAUGGGUGUGGCAGGAGCCACGCCCACAAGCAGAGGGAGUGUCUCCCAUGAAGUGGUAGUGGAAAGCGUGCCCAGGGGAGAUGGGGAAAGAGGGUUGGGAGGGGCCAACGAGGAGGGUAAGAAAGCAAGUGUGGGAACGAUUCCUAUCAGUCCGUCGGUGGGCGUCUCCCCCACGUCCACGACUGAACCGCUCACUGAGCAUAACCCCGCCCCCACACCCCUGGGAGAGGUGGUGGAUGUGAGCAGAGGAGGGGCAAGAAAAGGGGCGAGGGAUGAUGCCCAAAAACUUCCGGCCACUGCCACCACAGCCACAGCCACCGGCACCCCGGGGCCGGACACGACGGCGCCGGAAAAGAAAGUGCCGCUGCUCGGCGUCGGCCUCGAUCCGACCAGGAGAGCGGACAGCAGGAGCACCAAGGUGAUCAUCCUGGAGCAGGAGCUGGCCAGCAGAGCGGACGAGAGGAGCAAGCUCUCCCCUGAGAUGCCGGGCCGGUGCAAAGCGGCCGCCGCGCCCUCUGCAGAUCUCGCCACGGCGGCAACGGCGCCCCCUGUGGAGCAGGACAGGCCGGCGCAGCAGACCGCAGAGAGGGAGAGGAGGCCGACGGCCGCCAGCAGCUGGUGCCAGACGCAGCUUCCAGAGGCCGUGGCCGAGAGGAGCCUGGGGGUAGGCCUGGGUGGACCGGGGGACCUGAGCUCUGGGGGGGGCAGGGGUGGAGAGGCUGGCCUGAUCGGAAAGAGGAGCCCCGAACUAGGCCUCCCCAGGGUGAGGCAGUCGGAUUUGGGUUAUGGUGUGGCGGGUUCUCCCAGCCUGGGGCGAAAGAGCACUGUUUCUGUUCCGGAGCAGAGGGAGGGCGGGGCAGCAGUGGGGCCCAGUCAGUACUCGUACUCAGCGAGCGGGGGGACUGCUUUCGGGGGUUUGGGACAGGGGGUGGGCGUUGGCGUUGGUGGUGUUGGCGACUGGCAGAUGGACAGUGUGAUCGAGCAGAUAGAAAAGCAGAUGGCGGCAGUCCUGGAGAAGAUUGAAGGGGACAUGCCUUCCCUCCUGGAGCAGAUCAGUGACUGUCCCGAGCAGAGGCCCAAAAGUGCGCACUCCUCCCCCUCAGCCAGGUCUCGCCCCCAUGCCCAGCGCCACUCCACCCCCCCGCCCCUCCCCACCACCCCCCGCCCUCCUCUCCCCUCCCUUCCACACCUCACCAUUCCUCCACCUUCCUACCCUCCCCCAUCUCCCCCCGCCCUCACCCAGCCCUACUCCCAGCCAGCGUCCAGUCGAGAUGAGAAGGAUGCCAAGAGAGGCGGGGCCAGGUCUGGCCAAUCAGCAAGAGGGGGUGUGGCAGGGAGAGGGCUAUGAGAGCUGAGAUUAUGUAUACACAUAUUUUUAAAAAACACACAGACAGACAUACAUACAGCUACAGAAACUCACACAGAACCCCAUGAGGAACCCCACUGCCAGUGACCCAAAUGGAUAUUUUCAUUAAAAGAUCAAGACUCAAUGGUGUGCCUACAAUGUUAAACAGUUCGAAAGUAAUGCUGCCUAACUCGGAUAUGUCAGCACACCUGCCUCCCAGUGUUACAGGUUCACAAUAUAAUUUGUCGUAAGAAACACAAAAAGAGGGUGAGGCUAAGUGAUUUACAAAAAGGUUUACAAAAAGUUUUUACAAAGUUUUACAAAAAGUCCCACAGUGUUUUCAAGCAUGACCUUGAUGCCAAGUGGUUGAGUUCAAAAAGAGCUCUUUAAAAGCUUUACAAAAAGACCCAUAUCACAGAAAGACUCAAUCGUUUAGCAGUACUGCUGCAGUCCAGUUCAGGAUGUGUUUCACUCUAAUUUAGCUGUGGAGAAUGAGGGAUUGAGCUCUUCAGUAAGCAACUGGUCUUUUUGUAAAGUUUCCUGAAUGUCUAUUGCCAGACAUAGUUUGGUGAAUCCCAGACAAGGAAUUCCAGGCUAGGGUCACACAAUGUAAACAUCGCCGACUACAGUUACUCACCAGAUGAGUUAAAGCUUUGGGAAAGCAGACAUCCAGGCUGUCUAAAGAUGCCUGUAAUUUGAUUCCUGUAAACACCAAAUCCAUCCACUCCACCCACGUGCAGCCCUGUUACUGUUAAGAGUUUUGCAAAAGACAAUCUUUUCCUGAGUGCAGAAACCCACUCCACCUAGGAGAUUGUGUUGGUAGCAUUGUGUUUCACAUGUUCCUGCACAUGAGUGAUAGUAUUUAAAAUAUGAAUGGUAGUAGCCUGCCACGAAACUGAAGUGCACUACACGUGCCAAAACAAAAAACAAACAAAUCUAAUCAAAAGCUUCACACGCAGGCUCAGGGAUCAGAACGUAUUGUCAUCUAAACCUAUUACAGGUCUCUUCCACAAACCAGAAAGACCAAUUUCAGAUCUAUAAAAUUACUAUAUCAAGACUGCUUGGAUGUUUUCAAUAUGCAGAUGUAUUUUUUAGGAUGAAAAGAACACAAUAUGAAUGGAAAAAAUUAUAGCAUUCAAUAAGCAUUUAUCAUAGCCAAAUUCCAACAUCAGAAAGUACUAUUAUCAGAAUUAUCUUGUUCAUUUGAUUAUCACUUACAGACCUGGCUUAUGUUCGUUCCUUAUAUUCACUAAUCUUGAAUGAAAGCUCCCUCCAGUGGACAACAUGCAACAUGUGCCACUGCACAACCAAAUCACAGGCGGUGUUAUACUUUUGAUAUUUCAUUAUAAACAGCUCAGACAUUUUCCCAUAUUUUUGAACAUGAAAGUGGUUAAAGGGAUUCUUUUUUGCAUUAAAGUCUUCAUAAUCCAUGCCAUAUGUAGCCUGUCCACUUGAUGUAUAGCCCUUAUAAUGGUUUCCCUUUCCUUUUGUUUAACAGCCUUGAAGCUCUGAUGCAAACCCUCAAUUUCAUUUUUACCCAAAAAUUUAUCUGGUGCAAGGUUCCUCAAACCCGGUCUUGGAGGGCUGCAGCAUUUGUCAGAUUGUGUUGUCACUCAGCAUUUAAUUGAUCAAUUAAAGCACUUAGCUGCACUGUUAACUGACCUAAUCAGGUUUAUAGUUUCUAAACUGUUGCAGAUUUUAAUGUUAAAACAAAGACCAAAAGACCCAGUGACUCUCCAGGAACAGGCCGUGGAGCCCCUGAUUUUCCGUCUCAAAAA